AUGGAGAUGGAGGAGACACCAGCCAUCGACGAGGUCCCCACCGUGGCAUUUGUGGUGGCUCUCAAGAGGAACGUGCCACCUGCCGUCAAGGCUACGCAAUGGGGCGAAUUCAGUGAGUACGGCUGCAUAGAGCUGCAGGCUGGCGGCACCAUCCGCCUGUUCGAGAUGAAGGACAAACAGGCGGGCCGUCUCCUGGCGGUGUCGUCGAUCGAGGGCCUCAGCGGCGUCGCCGACAGCACCCGCUACUUCUUUCUUAGCGUGGAGAGAAAUGCCCUCGCACCUCCUCUCCCUCCCGAGCCGGGUGUGGCAAUCGCGUUUUACUCGAAGCAAGAGAUGGAGAAGUUUAUGUUUGCCGUCAAUCAGCGUCGCCAGGACGGUCUGCGACCCAAGAUCGAGCGCGAGCGUAGCAUUCUCAUGUGGGAGACCGGUGGACAAGGCCUGGCCGGGCCGUCCAUCGACAGUCGACGGGACACCGAGGAGUGGGAGGAGUCGGGUACCGACGGCGACCACGAGCCGUUCCUCACCGUCCCGCCCAAGGACAUGGUGGCCCGACUCGAGGAGCUCAAGAGCAAGGUCAAGAGCGGCAACCGGCGCAAGGGCCGCACGCAGGAGAUUGUGAUCACGCGCUCGACGCCCGCCGCCAGCCCAGGGGCGAGGGCCGCCUCCGGGCCGCCGCCGAUCUCGUCGUCCGACUCCUCGGUCGGGACGAUCAAGGCGCGGGACAAGAAGGAGGAGGUGGGGCAGUUCCUGCGCGAGCGGUGCAUCCUGCUGUCCGGUGACCACGCGGCCAUGGAGAAGAUCAUCGCCGCCGUACAAUCCUACGGCCUGCAGACCACCGUCGAUAUCGGCAAGCGAAUCAUGGACGACACACUGCUGGAGUUAUACCCUGCGGUGCCGGUGUCGAUCAUCACGCUGCUCGUGGACUUCUAUACGGCCGCCACGUUCAGCACAGAUGGAGCCAUCUACGGCGAGGCGCGGGGUGAGGUGGCGAUGCAGGAGCCGCCAAAACUCUGGCGACAGUGGCGCAAGAUGCUUGCCGACAUUUUCUUCUUCUUCGAAUACUUGUACGAGGAGGGCGCCGGACCCACGUCCCAGUGGCCCAGCAACAACCGGCGAAAGGGGCAAGCCUACCGGCACGACCUCAACGACCGACUGGUCAAGGAAGACAAGCAAAAGUAUGACCAGCGGAUCGCCAUCAGGGACACCAGCAAUAUUAUACGAGCAGAGAUUCUGGCGACGCUGGGAAUGGGGAGCAACAUCGGCACGGCAGAGGACAUGAUGAAGCGGCUACGGAGCGCGCAGCUGACAGAGUCGCAGGGCGCGUUCAUGAAGAAGAACGUGUUCCAGGAGGAGAUGAAGAUGCUCAAGCGAUCCUAUACCGAGGGUCGCCUCUCCAUCGACGUCAUGGACGCCCUCAACGAGGCCGACUCUGAGGAGAAGGCUGCGGGCAGCAGCCCGAACCCAGGCGCGGGCGGCAGCGGGGCCGGGGUGGAGGAGCCCUUCGACGAGCAGAUCCUUCUCGACUCCUGCGAGGGGCGAAGCCUCGAGACCGGCCAGACCGAUGGGGACAAGCAGCGACCCCGGGCCAUCUGUGUCAACGAUUCGUCCGAGGGCCCCCGCCCGCCGACUCCGAGGUCGUCCGGUGUGGUGAGGCAAGCCGACCUCGAGCGUGUUUACUCGAAGCUCUUCGAGAAGGCCCAGGACCCGGGGGAGAAACUACUCGCGCAGUCGCUCAUCUUCGUGAGCGGCGGGCAGUAUUCCGCCUCCGCCGCGGUCAGCGCUGCCACCGCUGGCGCCGCCACCGCGAACACCGCCCCCGCGGGCCUUAGCACCGUGGCGCCCCACAUCGACGACCAGGCUCCGCUCCGAGAUUUCGCCCGAAGACGGAUGGCCGGCGAUGUGUUGGGUGCCGACGGCCGGAUACGAGGGAUCGCGAUGCGAGAGGAAUCACCCAUGCAGGACGGCGAGCUGGUGGUGCGGUUCUUUGGGAUGAAGGACGAGGACAGCUCGCUCCACGUCGCCAUGAAGGUCAUCCAAGAAACGAUCGACACGGGGCCGUUCUUCCUGAAGGGCAAGAAGAACAAGAUCGUGUCGGCCAAAGGGGGCGGCUCGGAGACACGCAAGAUGAAGCUCACUCCGGCUUCUACCACAUCCUCUUGGCAAUGCCUGGUCGAACACGGGGUGGAUCUCGUGGACCACAUCGUGGCGCGCGCGGGGAGCGACCAAACGAAGCGGGUGGUGUUCACGGGCCACAGCAUGGGCGCGGCGAUUGCAGCCAUGGUGGCCUACCAGGCGGUGGUGCGCUACCCGGUCUUCCGGAUGCGGCUCUACCUGGUACUUCUGGGCUCUCCGCGCUUCGCCCGCCGCACCUUCACCGCCUGGCUCAACUCCGAACUGCGCUACCGCAUCCUACAUAUCACACUCGCUGGCGAUCAGGUGCCCAAGUCCCCACCCGUUCCUCCCUUCUUCGGGUGGUACACGCCAGGGGAGAGGCUCGAGAUCAACUCGGGCAACCUCUUCGUGAGCAAGGCGGCCUCCAACACCGUCCACUUCCAGUAUUGGGAAGUGCUGCGCACGCUGCUGGCCUACGACUGA